AGAUUGCAACCCAAUAUCACAAGCGUAAGUUAGCAAGGAGUGACGAAGGGGAAAGGGUCCUUUUGUGAUGCAAUUCCAUGUUAAAGUGCGCCGCGUGGAGUGAGUGUCACCAAUUUCUGUGGUGGCGGCUACCAACAAAAGCCGCAAGCAGCAACAACUAAACCCACUGAGUGACGAGAUCGAUCCUCUCCCCCAAAUCUAUCUCAAGAUUUGAGGGGGCGUUUGCAGAUCUAGGGUUUUUGAUUUUGCUGUUUUAGGGUUUUAGAGGUUUCGAAUAUGGCCACGCCCUUUGCCAUUCCCGUCACUGCUGCUCAGGUUGGGACGUACUUUGUGGGGCAGUACUACCAAGUGCUUCAGCAACAGCCAGACCUUGUUCAUCAAUUCUACUCCGACGCCAGCACUAUGCUUCGUAUUGACGGCAACACCAGAGAGACCGCCACUGCAAUGCUGCAAAUCCAUGCACUUGUUAUGUCGCUCAAUUAUACUGGAUAUGAAAUCAACACAGCACAUUCCUUGGAAUCUUGGAAUGGAGGUGUUCUUGUGAUGGUUUCAGGCUCCCUGCAAACACAAAAUUUCACUGGAAGGAAGAAAUUUGUUCAAACUUUUUUCCUUGCACCUCAGGAAAAAGGUUAUUUUGUACUUAACGAUAUAUUUCACUUCAUUGAUGAGGAACUAAUGCACCAUCCAUCGGUCAUAUUAGCCCAGAGCAAUCUUGACGCCAAGCUAAGUGUUCCUACUACGAUCCCUGAGCCAGUGGCUAGCUAUUUGCUGGGUGGAGAAAUUCAGACAAGAGACUUCGCGGCUCCUGCUGUCAAAGAAAAUGGUCCAGUUGAAAGUUAUGGUUUUGCAGAGCAACGGUUGCAGCAAGUUGUUGAAACUGAGAAUUUGUUGGAUGAUAGUGUUGUAGAACAGUCAAAUGGUUCACUUCAUAGUACAGUGAAUACUGUACAAGAUCACCUGUCUGCAUCUGUGGAGGAACCUAUUGGAGAGCCCCAAAAGCAGACCUAUGCUUCUAUAUUACGGGUUGCUAAAGGACAACCUGCGCCUUCUGUAGCUCCCCAGCAUUCAGCUAACAGGAGUGCACUAUCGGCUUCAGAGUGGAAUCACCAUCCUCAGUCCUCUGCUCAGCAGCCCAUUUCAUCAUCAAAUACAUACGAAAGGCCUGUUGCAGAGACAACAGAUGAGGCAGCAACUCUAGAGGAUGAAGGCGAAAUAAAGUCUGUUUAUGUAAGAAACUUGCCGCCUACUGUAUCUCCAUCUGAAGUUGAGGAGGAAUUUGUGAAUUUUGGAAAACUCAAGCAGCCUGAAGGAGUGGUCAUUAGGAGUCGCAAGGAUGUUGGUGUUUGCUAUGCGUUUGUUGAAUUUGAAGAUAUUACUGGUGUUCAGAAUGCCGUCAAGGCUGGUAGUGUUGAGAUUGCUGGACGACAAGUGUACAUUGAAGAGCGGAGACCAAACAGCAACAUCCCAUCUCGAGUGGGAAGAAGGGGUAGAGGAAGGGGCAGCUACCAAGCAGAGGCACCGAGGGGUCGUUUUGUCUCUCGGGGUUUUGGGAGGGGAGGUGGCUAUGACGGAGGUGACCAGGACUACAGCCGACCAAGGGGAAAUGGCUACUAUCGUCCAAGUCCCCGACAAGAAAGAGCAAACCCGGGUUAUCAAUCAUCAAGAGGCGGGCAAAAUUCAUCAGAGUUCACUAAUUAGGAUUAUUUUACAAUGAGGAAAGGAAAUUUUUGGGUCAGCAGAUAACCUUUAUUGGUUGCAUAAACUACAUACUGGUAUUUCGUAGAGGCAGUUUAGCUUUAGAUAUGUUGGGCAUGUGAAUCAUAUUUUUCCAAGAAGGGUUUGCUUGACACUGGAAUUCUUAAUUCAAGAGGUGAUGGGUUUGCAAUUUUGA